AUGUCUGCCAACCUCGAUAAGUCUCUUGACGAUCUUGUCGGUAGCCGUCGUCAGUCUGGUCGCCAGACUGGUCGUCGCCGCGGUAGCCGCCGCGCGGCUGCGAAGCCUGCUGCCGUGGGAGGCGUCAAGAAGCACACCAAGGCUGCGCCCAAGGCUGCUCAGAAGGCCGCUCACCCAGCCCCCGUCGCUCAGACUGGUUCCAGCAAGAUUCUUGUCAGCGGACUGCCUUCCGACGUGUCCGAGGCCAAUAUUAAGGAAUACUUCAUCAAGUCUGCUGGCCCCGUCAGGAAGGUUAUGCUCACUUACAACCAGAACGGCACCAGCCGUGGCAUCGCCUCCAUCAUCUUCAACAAGCCAGACACCGCCGCCAAGGCUACCAAGGAGCUCAACGGACUCCUCGUCGACGGUCGCCCCAUGAAGAUCGAGGUCGUCUAUGAUGCUUCUCACGUUCCCGCCGCCCCCGUCUCCCGACCUCUGACCGAGCGCGUCGCUCAAAAGGCUCGCCCUAAGUCCGCUGCCACUGCUAAGCCCAAGGAGAAGAAGGGCGCUGCUACUGAGAAGGGAGGCCGCCGUGGCAAGGGCCCUGCUCGCCCUCAAGGCCGCAACACUGGCCGUGGAAAGCCCAAGACCGUUGAGGAGCUUGAUGCUGAGAUGGCCGACUACUUUACCGCCGAAGCUGCCCCUGCUGCUCCUGCCAAUGGCACUGCCCCCCAGGCUAGCGCCACCCAGGAUGUUGGUAUGGCCGAUGAGAUCCUUUAA